CGAGGAGAUCUUUACCGCCUGGACAUGACUACCGUUUAAUUUCUAAGUCAUCCACCAAACGACGUCGUUGGGAGCUCCCGGGGCGGCGGAAUUAGCCAUGGCGCUUGUGGAGGAGAGGUCCUCUUCCUCCGAUGGAAAAGUCUGGGGACUGUUCAAGCUCCCUUUCCGGAAUUCGCAUCACACGACGUCGUCGCCCGCAAAUUUCGCUCAUUAUCCGCACAAUUACGGUCACGGUAACGGUAGCGGUCAGUUCCCGGUCGAAGGAGCAGCUGCGCCACCCACCUCCUCGGUCUCUUCAGUUGCCAGAUCGCUUCUCCCAGCACGACGUCGUUUGAAGCUCGAUCCCUCUAAUAAACUUUAUUUUCCUUACGAACCAGGUAAGCAAGUUCGAAGUGCUAUCAGAAUAAAAAAUACAAGCAAGUCUCAUGUAGCUUUUAAGUUCCAAACGACUGCACCAAAGAGCUGUUUCAUGCGUCCACCUGGCGCCGUUCUUGCUCCUGGCGAGAGUAUCAUAGCAACUGUAUUCAAGUUUGUCGAGCCUCCAGAGAACAAUGAGAAGCCGAUGGAUCAGAAAAGCACAGCGAAGUUCAAAAUCAUGAGCCUAAAAGUGAAAGGCCCAAUUGACUACUUACAUGAACUGUUUGAUGAGCAAAAGGAUGAAGUGGCCGUAGAGCAGAUACUUAAGGUUGUUUUUCUAGAUGCAGAGCGUCCUAGCCCUGCGCUAGACAAAUUAAAGCGCCAGUUGGCUGAAGCUGAGGCUGAGCUCGAGGCUCGCAAGAAGCCUUCAGAAGACACGGGGCCAAAGUUUAUAGGAGAAGGAGUUGUCAUCGAUGAAUGGAAAGAACGAAGAGAGAGAUACUUGGCUCGUCAACAAGUGGAAGACCUCAUAGCCUCCAUAUGACCGGAGUUUCUUCUGCACUAUGGUUUUGAUAGAUUUGUUUAAAUUACGUUUGAUGAGUUUUGGACUUUUUUCUUGUGUCGAUAUGAGUUGUCAGUUGUAUCAGUGACAUGUUGUACUAGUGAUUAUUGGCUUAAUGUCAAAAAUCACAUGUAGACAGGGGCGGAGCCACGGUGGGCCAGGGCUGCCCUUGGGCCCCUCAGCCAUUUUUCUAAUUACUAUAUAUUCAUGUGUAUGCAAUGUUUAAGAUGUAAACAAUUUAGCGCAGUUGGUCUCAGUGUCGGUCAUUUGUUAGCGAGAUCCAAGGUUCGAAACUCUCCCAGAGCAGUUCUCAUAUUUAAUAAUUUGCUCUUAAUCUUUUUGAA